UGUGUGUGUGUGUGUGUGUGAGAGAGAAACGCGAGUGAGUGAGUGAGUGAGUGAGAGAGAGAGAGAGAUAGGGAUAGGGGGAGUGUGUAUGUGUGGCUGAGCUCGCACUGAAUGGACUGGGAUUCUCAGCCACGUAAGUAGUUAGUACACCGCGGGAGAUGAUGCCUUGCUGAAAUAAGGGAUAGGCCUGGGAAAGUCGGCCAUCCCUUUUUCCUCUCCAGCAUCUCAGUCGUCGCCAGAUCCUGUCCAUUCCGCACGAGGAAUUAUUUUUUAAAGAGAAAAUUGCUGCCGCAGAAGGACACCGAAUCACGAAGAAACAGAGAGAAAAUUUACACAUAGAGGGGAUCCGGUGUGUGUGCGCGUGUGUGUGUAUGUGUGUGUGCGUGUGUGUGCAGCAGAUGGCGAGCAGAGCUGCGUGGAAAUGAGCAGUGCAAGAAGGAGGCCGCUGAAUGGAAACGGAGCCGUUUCUCAGGAAAGCCGACACCACUGACCGGUUAGCACGUUAGCCGAGGCAUUACUUGCUAGCCAGCACUUUGGGCAUUUAAACACUGCUCUCUUGAAUUUGGGAUAAAAUUCAGCAGGACCGUUCUCCUCCAUCUUUGCACUUGUGUGAAGGUUCCUGCGGCGAAAACAACAAAAUUGAUCCAGAAGUCAGUAUCAGAGCUCAGGCGUAGAAGUAAUCGUAUAGAACAGGGUAACUUUUUUGUGUGUGUGUCGUUGUUGCACCCGGAAUAUUAUAUUAAUAUUCACAAAGCAAGACCAAUCUUUUAUUAUUGCAGCACUAUUUUUUGAUCGCACGAGCUGAUUCAGACAUUGUGCAGCUGCUAAUCGACAGCACGUACUCUGGAUGUGGUGCGCGGUGAUGUUAGCUUAUAGCAAGUGAGUCAGAUCAAAGGGUUUUUUUUUUGUUUUUUUUUUAUGUGUUUUGCAAGUUAGUGUUUCCACAAGACAAGACAUACUUGUCCAGAAUUUAUCCCUCCGAGCCAGACCUCAAGACUCGCACACCUUGCUUUAGGAUAAACCUCAUCUAACACCCAUGAACAUACAGCGCUCCAAUCCCAUUAACAUCGCACGGUAUGGGAGAGCGAGGCACAAAGCGCACGAAUUGGAGGAGCUGUCUUGUCUACAACAGAGGACUCCUGAGCCGAAUCAGAGCUUUAGUCCCAAUCUAGGCUCCCCGAGUCCUCCGGAGAGCCCGGACUCCACUCACCGAGUGUCCUGUAUCGGGAAUUACCUCUUACUGGAGCCGCUGGAGGGAGACCGCGUGUUCCGGGCCGUGCACUUACACAGCGCGGAAGAGCUCGUGUGCAAGGUGUUCGAUAUCAGCCGAUAUCAAGAAUCAUUAGCUGCCUACUUUGUAUUGGGUGCUCAUCAGAACAUCAACCAAAUAGUGGAGAUUCUCCUUGGAGACACGCGGGCGUACGUGUUCUUCGAGAGGAGCCAUGGAGACAUGCACUCGUUUGUCCGUAAAUGCAAGAAGUUGCAGGAGGAAGAGGCUGCCAGACUCUUCUAUCAGAUAGUGUCCGCCGUGGCACACUGCCACGACAACGGCCUGGUUCUCAGAGACCUCAAGCUGAGGAAGUUCGUCUUUAAGAAUGAGGAAAGGAGCCUGGUUAAGUUGGAGAGUUUAGAAGAUACAUACCUCCUGAAGGGAAGCGAUGACUCUCUCUCAGACAAACAUGGCUGUCCGGCUUACGUUAGCCCAGAGAUCCUCAACGCCAGUGGCAGCUACUCGGGCAAAGCGGCGGACGUGUGGAGUCUGGGCGUCAUGCUGUACACCAUCCUUGUUGGCCGCUACCCUUUCCAUGAUGUAGAGCCCGGCUCACUCUUCACCAAGAUCCGCCGUGGCCACUUCAGCAUCCCCGAGACGCUGACGCCCAAGGCGCGCUGCUUGAUCCGCAGCAUCUUGCGUCGGGAGCCAGCCGAACGCCUGACUUCACGUGAAAUCCUGGAGCAUCCCUGGUUCCUGGCUGCUACCGGCCAGGCUGGCACUGCCAAUGUUAGAGGAGAACGUGAAACAGACCAGAUGGUGCCCGAGGCCAACAUGGAGGAAGAGCUGGAGCAGUUCCUCAGCUGAGCAGCACAAAAAAAAAAACCCAAGACAUUUUGCCACGUGUUUUAGAUGACAGAAUGCACUCAUACAGCGGUGUUUAUCUUUAUCUCCCAUUCCAUGGAGAAAACCUGGGAAGGUCUGGCUUGAUGGUGUGGAACACCUUCAGCAAGAGCUUCUGGGCAAAUGCAAAUGUUAAUGUUCAGUAAUGUAGCAAGACUUUUAACUAUCUUUAGGUUGAGUUUUUUUUUUUUUCUUUUCUUUUCUUUUUUUUUUAUUUUAAGUGGUGCUCAUGGGGUGUACAAGUCAUAUUAAGCUACAAAAAAAAAGAAGAAAAAAAACAACAAAACAA